GCGAGGAGGCGGAGGAGGCAGAGGCGCAGGAGCGGCGCGCACCUAGGCCCCAGCCCCACCCUCCGCCGCCGCCAGCCCAGCGGAGAGCCGGAAGCUCCCGGGAUCGCCCCUCAGCCGCCGCCGCCGCCGCCGCCGCCAUCAUGGUGAAGGUGUCGUUCAACUCGGCGUUGGCGCAGAAGGACGCCGCGGGCCGGAAGGAGGAGGACGAGAGCAAGGAGGGCGGCUGCAGCCAAGUGCUGAUCUUGCCCCCCGGCGCCAAGGAUCCAGAGGGCGUGGUACCUAUCGCACAAAGGAGGGCUUGGUGUUGGUGUAUGUGUUUUGGAUUAGCUUUUAUGCUUGCUGUGGUGAUACUUGGGGGUGCCUAUCUAUACAAGUAUUUUGCAUUCCAGGAAAAUGGCGUUUACUUCUGUGGAAUAAAGUAUAUUGAGGAUGGCUUAACAUUAAGUGAGCCAGAUUCAGGCGCCCCAGCUCCCCGUUACCAGAUCAUUGAAGAGAACAUUCAAAUCCUCAAGGAGCAGGAGGUGGAGUUCAUCAGUGUGCCUGUUCCAGAAUUUGCUGACAGUGAUCCAGCUGAUAUCGUUCAUGACUUUCACCGGAGACUUACAGCUUACCUUGACCUCAGCCUGGAUAAAUGCUAUGUUAUUCCUCUAAACACGUCGGUUGUUAUGCCGCCUAAAAACUUUUUGGAGUUGUUGAUCAACAUCAAGGCUGGAACAUACUUGCCUCAGUCCUACUUGAUUCAUGAGCAGAUGAUAGUUACUGAUCGUAUAGAAAAUGUGGAUCAGCUGGGCUUCUUCAUCUAUCGCCUCUGUCGUGGCAAAGAGACCUACAAAUUGCAGCGCAAGGAAAUGCUGAAAGGAAUGCAGAAGCGUGAAGCAAGUAAUUGCCGAAAGAUUCGACACUUUGAGAACAGGUUUGUCAUGGAAACACUCAUCUGUGAAGAAUAGACAUACUGUUGUGACUGAAAAUACACACAUUGACCCCGCCCUUUAUAUUAUGUGCAGUGAUCUUUAUUUUAAGUCAUUUAUGUAAGUAGUGGACAAGGCUUUAUAGCUGAAUGCCAACACUUUUUAUCUUACAAUAAACCUUUUUAACGUUUUCCCAUAUUUUGAAGCAUGGUGCCCUUUUUAUAUGUUUGAAUAGCUGCUAUAUAAAGUCUUAGUUGUUAGUACAUUUCAUGUAAUGAACCUUUAAGUAAUACCAGGUCAAUAAUUUAUCCCAUUUUAGAGUAAAAUUGGAGAAUAAUUCAUCUGAAUUUAUUAUAAAGAAUACAUGCACAAAUGGACUGCAACUCUUGAGAUUUUUAAUAGCAUAUUACUUGCAACGUUGGGGAAGCAUUGGGAAAACAAUUUGUAAUAAAAGUGCAAUUCAUUUUCUUCUUUUAAUACAGUCUCGUUUAAGUUUGAUUUCCAAGUCGCUGUUCUAGUAUAAGCAUCUGCUGUAACAAAGUUAAGCAGUAACAGAAUGUUACUGACGUGUAUAUAUGCUAUGUAUGUGCAGUGAAAAUAAAUAUUACAAACCUGUUUGUCUAAA